AUGUAUGUUCUGAACAGAGGUGGACGCCGGAAACAUGGAGGAUGCAAAUGGUUUAAUGUGGCUCAAGGUUGGGGAUUUAUUACCCCUGAUGACAAAUCCCAGGAUGUUUUUGUACAUCAGUCCGUGAUUCACAAAUCAGGAUUUCGAAGUCUAGCAGAUGGAGAACGGGUCGAAUUUGAAUGGAGAGUGUCUGAAAAAGGAAUCGAGGCCACCUUUGUCUGCGGUCCAGAUGGCAGGGAGUGUAGAGGAAGCGACAGGCGGCCUGUUUCUCGUAAGAAGUUUCGAAAAAUUAGGUGUUACAACUGUGGUGACCUUGGAAAUCACAUAGCCAAAAAAUGCCCACACGGACCUUUACCAAAAAGAUGCCAUUUUUGCAAGUCGACAGAGCACCUGAUAGCUGAUUGUCCUUUUCGAGAACCCAACCGGAAGGGCAAAAAUGGAUCAAGAAAUGGAAACAAUAUAGGCGGCAGUGAAGAUAACGAAAAAGAAGGAGCUGCAAUGGUUGCUGUAGCGCCGGAAUGA